AGAGAGAGAGAGAGAGAGGAUGAGUGAAUAUGAGAAGGGGGGAAAGAGAGAGAGUGGCUGCAGAUCUCACAGACGCCGUUCACUCGUUGAGACGUCGGAUGUCUUCUCAUGUUUAGCUGGGCGAUGUUUACACAGAACAGCGGACGGACGCAAACCAUCGGACCGCGAGAACGCAGGAGCGCGUGACUGCAGCAUCAUCACCAUCAUUUCUGCGCGUGCCGUCGUCCGGCGCGCUGUGAGCAUGACGGCCCGGCGCGCUGCAGUGGGUUCGGCUGAAGACCCUCUUUACUGAACACAAGCAUUGAUAAGCAUCGCAGCCGUCAUCGUCCACUAUGCGCAGGGAGCGAUCACACGCACGUGGAAUUACGCGCCAUCGUCCCCACAGCAACCGCCGCGCAGGUAACACCGCGAACGUCAGCCCGAGCAAUAGCAGAGACAUUAGGUAGCAGUUUAAUCCGAACUUCCGAGAAAAGACAUCCGAGAGAAACGCGGUGUGUGCGUCUGCGAUCGAGUUCACUGAAGUAUGGUGAGGAGAGCAAACGCUCAAACCUGAUUGGCCGAUGAAGGCCUCCUGGAUCCGCCUGCUGAAACGAGCAACGGGGAGUCGAGUGAAGAACAGCAUCACUGGCUCAGCAGACUCGUACACCAGUCGACCGUCAGAUUCUGAUGCUUCACUGGAAGAAGAUAAAGAGACUCUACGUCGAGAAGCUGAGAGACGUGCGCUGACCCAGCUUGAGAAUGCAAGGACUAAACCGGUGGCGUUCGCAGUGCACACUAAUAUCGGCUACAGCGCUUCCCUCGAAGAUGACGUCCCUGUGCCCGGAAUGGCCGUCUCGUUUGAGGCUAAAGAUUUCCUUCACGUUAAAGAAAAGUUUAAUAAUGACUGGUGGAUCGGGCGUUUGGUGAAAGAAGGUUGUGAAAUCGGCUUUGUUCCCAGUCCUGUGAAGCUGGAAAACACUCGACUCCAGCAGGAGCAUCGCUCCAAACCAGGAAAAUUCUAUUCCAGUAAAUCCGGGGCAAACUCAUUAUCGAGUCUUGGAGAUAUUGUUUCAGUCUCACGAAAAUCAACUCCACCCUCCUCAGCUGUGGAUAUAGAUGCUGCUGGUUUAGAUCCAGAGGAGAACGAGCCUCCUCUUCCUCAGCGUUCUCCUAAAGCCAGUCCAAACGCAGUCAUACCCCCUUUAGCCCGUGAGAAACGAAUGCCUUUCUUUAAGAAGACAGAACAUGUCCCGCCGUAUGAUGUGGUGCCCUCCAUGAGACCUGUGGUGUUAGUUGGACCUUCUCUCAAGGGUUACGAGGUCACAGAUAUGAUGCAGAAAGCUCUGUUUGACUUUCUGAAGCACCGCUUUGAAGGGAGGAUUUCAAUCACAAGAGUGACGGCUGAUAUUUCUCUCGCCAAGCGCUCAGUGCUGAACAAUCCCAGCAAACACGCCAUCAUCGAGCGCUCCAACACACGAUCUAACUUAGCUGAGGUUCAGAGCGAGAUCGAGAGGAUCUUUGAGCUGGCCCGGACGUUACAGCUGGUUGUUCUUGAUGCAGACACCAUAAAUCAUCCGGCUCAGCUGGGGAAGACGUCUUUGGCACCCAUUAUUGUGUACGUCAAGAUCACCUCUCCUAAGGUUCUGCAGAGGUUAAUAAAAUCUCGAGGGAAAUCUCAGGCCAAACAUCUCAAUGUACAGAUGGUCGCAGCUGAUAAACUGGCACAGUGUCCACCGGAGCUGUUCGACAUCAUUCUGGAUGAGAACCAGUUAGAAGACGCCUGCGAGCACAUGGCAGAUUAUCUGGAGGCGUACUGGAAGUCCACUCAUCCUCCCAGUGUUCAGACCGGCCCACAACUGGCAUCAGAGACUGAAACUGCUGGAGCUGAACAUCCUUCUAACCCACAGCUGAAGAGUGCCGGGGCUGACCAAACAGCAGAGACGAGGAGGAGCUUUCGUGAAGACCAUCACCAUCGUCAUCAAAUUCACAGGCAAGAAAGUUUUGAACAAGCGAAUGACAACAUCGAGGAGAGAGAAACUCAAACCAACACAGAACAACAACCAUCACAGAGCGAGUGGAGGACACAUCACAUCCAUCAUCGCUCUUCAUCCGCACGAACUGAACGCCACAAUCACCACCAUCAUCACCGUCAUCAUCACCAGCAUCACAACAAGACCGCACAGACGCUUUCCAGACAAGAGACGCUGGAGAGCAAAGAAUCCAACGAGCCUCAUCACGAACACACGCACCAGCCGGAGGAGACAGUUCGGAUCAACCACCAUCAUCAUCACCGUGGAGACCGAGAGAAAGAGUGCGACCACAACGAGAGGAACAGCAGACAGAGAGGACAACAGAGAUCAGAGAGAGAACACGAGCGCGUGAGAGACAGGAGACGGGCUGAGACCGAGUGGACGAGCGAGCAAUACAUAGAACAGUGACACUAACUCACUGUAACACAACAGUGACACUUCCAAUAACAGGGUUCAACUAAACUCAUGAUGUUAGAGUCUGUUUGCUUUCAGUUCGUGAGUGUGAAUUGGAUUUGAACAGGAUGAUAAUACAUACUAUUAUAAAAAUGAUUUGAGUACAUUAGAAAAAAUGUGGCAAAACUCAAAUCUGUUUUAAGAGACUUUACAAAUAUAAGACUCGUCUGUGAAAUCCCAGCUUGAGUUAUAUUUAUUUAGGAGAUUAAGAGUGUCAAAGUCAACCAUAAAAAUGAUGAACAAAGUCAUUUUUUUAUUGUAAGAUAAAUAUUAUAUAUUAUAUUAUAAUAUUAUAUUUUAUUGACACUAUGUUUUAUUAUUUUGCACAAAACAAAAUUGCUGGGUUUUCACAGUCGGGUCACAACCGAAUAAUAUACAUACAAAACGUGAAUGUAUUGAUAUGAUGUUUUCUGAUCUAUAGAUAUCACAUUGACUAUUAAUGUUUAUGGAAAUACCCCACAAGUCCUAUGAUAACAUGCUUACAGUAAUUUAUUUUAUUAAUAUUAAAUGUAUUAUUAAAAACA